AUGACCUCAGAGAGACUUCCAGUUAUUUCAACAAGAAUGAAUCAUAGAAUUCUCGAUCAAAGAUUGAAGAGCGUUCAAAAAGGAUUAUCUCUACUUAAAUGUAAGAGUGAUGCACUGCAAAUCAAAAUUAGAGAAAUGGAAAGUGAAUUGAAGCAAAGAGAGCAAAAUGUUAAGUUACUAUUUAAAAAUGCAUUUAAAAUGAUUUCAAAAGCAGAAUUAUAUGGAUCCGAUAUGAAAAUAGUUGCAAAAAUAUGUACUGAAGCAUGCCCAAGUCUUGAAUGCGAGUUUAAUAAUGUUUACGGAACAACAGUCGUAUGCUUUAAAUUACGAAGAAGAAAGUUUGAUAAAGAAAUUAUGUGGAGAAAUGGAUAUGUUUUGAGAGAAGCUAAGUAUGCCUUUGACGAAUUAUUACAUGAACUUGUUGAUCUUUCAACAAUGAAAAAUUCAUUAGAAGCUGUCAAAUAUCAACUAGAAUCUACAAAUAAAAGAAAGAAUUCGCUUGAACACAAGAUGAUACCAAAACUUGAAAGUACAGUGAACUACAUUGAAAGUGAGCUUGAUGAGCUAGAAAGAGAAGAGUUUUAUAGACUAAAGAAAGUUCAAGAAAUUAAAGAGAAAUGA